UGCAAAAAAUGAACUGUCAAAUGCAAGCGAUGAAUGUGGAUAGCCACUUUUCCGGCGCCGGCGAGGAAGUUCCGGCGGGAAAUGAAAAGGCGGUUGGAAAUUUUCCGGUUGGGUACGGAGGUCGGGUGGAUAGUGUUAAGGUCACGAUGCCUCAUUACACAGUUUGUAGUGCUUCUGAUGUCGUUGCUCUGCAAAAUCGAGAGGCUAAGUUUGAUCAACUCACUAUAUCGUUUCGUGGCAAAAUUUAUGUUUUUGAUGGUGUUACUACUCAUAAGGUCCAUUCGCUUUUUCAACUUUUGGGUGGAUAUGAGUAUUCUCCAGGCACACAAGCUUUAGGUUUGUCGAGUGCAAACCAGAAGGACUAUGUGGACCAUCCAGUGCACUGUGCAGAUCCAAAAAGACUUGAAUCCCUCAUUAGAUUUUAUGAAAAGAGGAAAAAGAGAUGCUAUGAAAAGAAAAUCAGAUAUGGUAUCCGCCAAGAAGUUGCGUUCAGAAUGAAGCGUAAGAAUGGCCUAUUUGCUCGAAAAGGUUCGACUGGACCAAAACAGGACAACAUCCCUUCAGAAGAAACUCGGUGCAUCCAUUGUGGAACUAGUUCAAAGGCCACCCCUAUGAUGAGGCGUGGUCCUGAUGGCCAAAGGAAUCUUUGCAAUGCAUGUGGCCUCACUUGGGCAAAUAAGGGGAUAAUGAGGACUCUCUAUAAGGCAUCCUAUGACAAUACUGAGCUCGAACUAGAGGAUGAAGAUUGCAACAACACCGACUAUGGAGCUCCUCCAUGUUCCGUCUCUUAUCAAGUUUCUUCAUCAGUCUGCCAGUGA